AUGUUAAAAGACGGAUUUACUUCUCUGGCUGAUCUGGUUCAUGAAAUUAAUAAUUUAAUUGAAAGCCAAAAAUACGAAGAUGCAUAUAAACUUGUUCUUGGCCACUUACCUGAUUCUCGGUUCCAAUCAUCCGAUGUGUAUUAUGUUUGCUCUCGUCUUUGCUUAAGUAUAGAAGUAACAGAGAACAGUAUGAAUUUUAUAUUAACUCUGGAUAUCGGUUUGCAAAAACGGGUUAUUCAUUAG